CCUUCCUGUUUUGCUGGCUGGUGGGAACGGCGUGAAUAUACCAAAGGGAAGCUGGAAUUCCUUAAGGUGCUGUGAAGUAAAAGGCAAAAGAACACAGGGCAAGUAAUCAGACGGAAGGAAGGAACGUUCCAAGGUGCACAGACUCUAGCUUUGCUACGGGUUCCAGCAUUGACGAGUACAGCUGGUGAGCUUAGGGUGUGUCUCAGCACAGCACAGCGAUUAAACUACCAGCAACUCGCUGUCAGCUUUGAUCCUUCCUGAGCUGCGCACAAGCGGAAAGUUGGGUUUCCUGUUGCUCUCUCCUGCGGUCCGGGAGUGGAUCAGACCGACUUCGCGAUCCCUGCCUGAGCCUGUGCCUCGCAGCUGCUAGUCUGCGCAUGAGUCACCGCGGGAGGCUCCGCGGCUGGAGUAUUUCAGGGGCUGGGCACCGGGGUAAGAUGCUCAGUGCCUGAAGGAGGGGAGCGCACUGGCGGACCAUGGCCAUCACACCGGCUUGAGAGGGACCCCUGCCCACCGCCUGAACGAGGGGAGCGCUGUCGUCGGCUCAGCGCCCGCUUCAGCACCGCGGACAGCGCACCUUGAGCUCCGCUACCGGCUUCGGCUCAGAGGCGCCGGCUCCCGCUGACCCCGCUCCCGUUCCCGAGCUUCCCCGACUGCGGACCCUCUGCCCCUCUCCAUUUCCCCUCUCGCUGUCAGCCUACCCCCUCCGCUCCCCGGCAGCUCUUGCCCCCUCUUCCUCGGCCAGCUCCCAGCCCGCACCCCUGGCUCCUCUCUUCCCGCUUAUCUCCUCGCUGCCCCUCUCCUCGCACCCCCUGCCCCCCCGGUUCAUCUCUCCGCUCCUCCGGCUCCACUUCCCCGGCAACAUGCGCGGGCGGCUGCGGGCGGUGGCUGCGGUGCCGGCUCGGAUGUCCCCUUCCUCCUGCCUUCGCCCACUCCAGGCGACCCGCUAAGAGAUGGACUUGGCAGGCGUGCUGCUGGCGUUGCUCCUCGUGUUGGUGCUGGUCGUCUCUCUGCUCUCCAACCUCCUGGUGCUGCUAUGCUUCGUCUACAGUACGGAGAUCCGCAAGCAGGUCGCCGGGGUUUUCCUGGUGAACUUAUCCUUUUGCAACCUGCUCCUUACCAUCCUGAACAUGCCUUUCACCCUGCUGGGAAUCCUGAGGAACCAGCAACCCCUCGGGGGCUGCAUCUGCAAAGCGGUGGGUUUCCUGGAAACUUUCCUGACUUCCAACACGAUGCUGAGCAUGGCAGCACUCAGCAUAGACAAAUGGAUUGCUGUGGUGUUCCCCUUGAGCUACACCAGCAAGAUGCGGUAUAAGGACGCUGUGAUACUCAUGGGCUACUCGUGGCUCCACUCUCUCACCUUUCCCUUGGUGUCCUUAUUUUACUCGUGGGUAGAUUACAACAGCGUUUAUGCCUCUUGCACCUUGUACCUGAAGGAAGAGACAGAGCGAAGAAGGUUUACAGUGUUCACAAUCGUCUUUCACUCCACCAGUUUCAUGCUGUCUCUGGUGAUCUUAUGUUUCACCUAUUUAAAGGUGUUGAAAGUUGCCCGGUUCCACUGCAAGCGGAUAGACAUUAUAACCAUGCAGACUCUGGUUUUGCUGGUGGAUAUCCACCCCAGUGUGAAGCAGCGCUGUCUCAAUGAGCAGAAAAGAAGGAGACAACGGGCUACCAAGAAAAUCAGUAUUUUUAUAGGGUCAUUCGUGAUCUGUUUUGGUCCUUACAUUAUCACCAGGUUGAUAGAGCUCCUUCCUUUUGUUACCAUAAACUACUACUGGGGAAUUAUAAGCAAGUGCCUCACCUACAGUAAGGCUGCGUCAGAUCCAUUUGUUUACUCACUUUUACGUCAACAGUACAAAAAAGUUCUGAUCAACAUUGUCAAUAGGAUACUUAAAAGGGAUCUGUAUCCAUCAUCGGGGUACAACAGCUCUCUUGACACCGAAAAUGAUUACUGCUUGCACAGAACAAACUAACAACAUGACAAGCACUCCCCUUCAAGCGAGACAGGAGAUUGCCAGUGCUAGAAAGCUGCCUUUGCCCUCUCAUGCUGACAGUGGUGACAGUGCCUCCAGAGGGUUAGAGCUGCAUUAAUGCAAUGCACUUCUUUGUGGACUUUCCCAAAAGGCUCUUUCCUGGUCUGCUGCUAGUGAGAUGUACGGCAAAGCCUGGUCCCUGAUGGAAUGGAGUAGGCUUGAGGGCUCUAAGGGAGCCUUUGGAGGCUUUAGAGAAGCUGAGAAGGAGCUUUUAAUAUUUCAAGGCUGAAGACUUGAUAUUUCUCAGAGUGUCCCAUACCAGAGGUGACAGCCCACCAUCUCCUGGGCACACAAGAAUCCCUGGCUUAGAAGACGAGGUUCAGAAUCCUUUGUGCUGUGCAUGCCCCUUGGCAGUCCAGGAUCUGCCUUGUCAGUUUUGAAUAUUAAAAAUAUGUCUCUUAAUUGAUUUAUUGUAUUGGUGCCUCAAGUGAUUGAUAUGGGUCAGCACUUUGAAUCUGAAAUUGUUACUGUUAUUAUUCUUUAUUAUCAGGCAUCAUGAUUGUAACAUAGCCUUUAGGAAGUGGUACAUAUAUUCAAUAUGCCAGUAUUCUAUCAAGCAUAACCAAAGUCCACGUAUCUGAAUUACUACUAUUUAGCACUUCAGUGGUAUGUGAUUACAAUAAAUGCAGCAACAGUAACAAAGACAUAUAUGGAGUUUAGUUAAAUAGCACUGCAGUUACAUCACUGAGCUAGUCCUAUUCAAACAAGCUUUUAUUCAAGAUAGCAAAAAUGAGAAAAGAUCAGUUAGAUGGUAGAAAUGACAGCUAUCACUGUGGUCAAGGAAAAAUACUUCAAAAGAUAUUUGGCUUCAAAGAAGAGGAUACAAUAUGUUAAUUCUUUUUAAGGAACAUAAGAUGUGUAAAAUACUCCAUGCAUUUACUAUAUUUGGUGGAUUGUAAUAAUAUUGUAUAAUCUUUUAUUUUCUAUUGAUCAAUUAAUCUGAUUAUUUUAACUAAUACAAAGAGAUGUCUAAGAAAUAUUAUAACCAAUCUGUUGCCAAAUGCCCCAAAACACAAGGCUGCUUUAUUAUUAUAUGUAUUUUUCUCAUUUAUUUAUUUUUAAAAAUAAACAGGCUUUGGAAAAUAAAAUGUAGGAAUUAUUUUUGAACUAUAUUCCUUUGAUGAUAUAAGACACAAAUAAAACUAUUCUAUAGCAAUCAAUAAGUUACUAUUUUCUAAUCUAGUACAUGAGGGGAAAAUUAAAGCAAUUCUAAAAUAUAUUUUAAGAAAAAAAAAAGACAGUAAAGAACUCUUAUUUUUUAUGUAACAAUAAAC